AUGGCGUCAGCUUCGGUUGAAGCGCCAAAGGCGCACCCGUCCACAGCAGUUUCACUGCCAGCGGAUCCGGCAACUCCUGCGGAUGAAGUAGAAAAAACGGGAGACCGCUUUCGUGGAAAUGCGCCGACCGGAUGCUUCUCUAGCGGGAUUGGCCCCUUUGCGGCUUCGACUGACAAAGGCCUUGGCAUGUUCGCCUCGAACGCUUGCACGACCGAUAGCCUCGCUCCUGAGAUCGGCAGUGUGUCGACGCCCGGGCUGCCUUCGAUCCGCCUGGCCAGCUCACGCCCGCCUCCCGUUGCUAUAAAGCUGUUCGUUGGGCGUCUUCCUCUGACAGUCACGGAAGAGAUGCUUUGCACACUGUUCAGCCAGUUUGGCCCCAUCGCCGAUCUGCUCCUCAUCCGCGACCGCCACACGAAUGCCUUCAAGGGAUGCGCCUUUGUGCGUAUGCAGUCAAUCACUGACGCCGACAGAGCGAUUCGCCACCUCGAUAGUGCUUACGUGCUCGAUCCGGCGCUCGGCGGCCUGCAAGUAAAGUAUGCGGUAGGAGAGGCGGAGCGGCUAGGCCUGCCGGGCACGAGCGGGAGUGGAGCAGCGGCAGGCGUGGACCAGGUGAAGCUGUUUGUGGGGUCGUUGCCACCGGAUAUCAAGGAAGACGCACUCCGGGACCUGUUUGAGAGAUUCGGCCGCGUCGAGGAAGUCUUUCUGAUGAGAGACGACCAACCACUCAGUGGAAACCAUCUAGGUGGGGGUGCCGCAAAGCCAGGAAAAAAGAGCCGAACUGGAUGUGCCUUUGUUCGAUUCGCGUACAAGGAAGAAGCUCUCUUUGCCAUCGGCGAGCUUAACGGAAAAUUCGUCAUGCCAGGUUCGCAGCGCGCCAUGGAAGUUCGUUUUGCAGAGAACAGACGGUCGUCCUCCUCGGCUCAGGGCGCUGCACCUGCCUCUCGCACUGCCAGUGCGUCUUCGUGUUUUAUGUCUUCCAUGGACAGCAGCAGAGGUGGAUCCGCGCUCCCGGGGGCGGACGAGUAUCCCGAGAAUGUGCGCUCGACGAGCUGCUUCCCUUCGCGAGUCGACAUGGAGAGGUUCUCCCGUAUGGACCCGCUCGACGUCCUCAGCUGUCUGGACGGCAGGCACGAUUGCUUUUCUGGGACCUCCGAAAGUCUGGCGAUAGCCGCCCGAUCAGCGGUGGGCGACCGUUUGGGGCCCGCGGGGGGGAGAGCGGGCGAUCCACAAGUCUCUGCGAGCUGCGACUCGACGAAGGAGACACGGGGGCCGGGCCCGCUGAGAAGCGUCGGCGACCGUGUGCUAUCUAAAUAUGGCUCCAUCGAGGAUCUAUUUGAGACUUUGGGGCAUCUGUCUCUGAAUGGCCGACGCCUGGAGGGGGAGCCGGAAGCCCAACACGCGAAUCCUGAUGUCAAGAAAGACGGAGAUGCGAGCGAAAAUGCAUUUGCCGUAUCCAGGGGGGCGGCAGGUUCAGAACGACAGGGCCAAGAAGGGAAGCCUGGGCACGAUCAACGCGCAGACCCCACUCACGGGAACACGAAGCGCCGGCCUUCGAGCGUCUCGAACCUCCCCCGCACGCGUGACUCCCAGCCACCAAACACCAAGGAAGAAGAGGAUAUGGGUGCGGGGUGCAACUCGGGAAGCGGCGGACGGACACGCACUCCCAGCGCACUGGAGGGUGGCGACGACGAAGUUGGCAUUGCGUCUCUUACAGCGAAGUCGCGGUUCGAAUUGGCGGAGUUUUGCUGCAAGGAGAAUGCGUCAUCGACCCCGUCUCCGCCAACAGGUGCAGAUGCCGCGAACGCGUCCUCGGCGCCCUUCAGUCGUGGUUCGUCAAGUUCUUUAUCGAAAGUCUCGUCGGCUCCGUUGUCGAGAUUUGGAGGCUGUCCUGCGGGAAUCGAGGGAGACGUCUUCCAAUAUGGGACUGCGUCGCGCGGGCCACGCCCGUCGGCGUGCUCGUCCAACUCUUCUCUCUAUGUCGACCUCCACGAGCGCAUGUCCCGGAAUCUUGUGCACCCGGGAGGGUUUCUGCCGUCUGCCUUUCCGGAGGAUGCCUUUUCUUACGGCGACUUCCGCGACCAAGUAAGGAGCUGUGCAGAGGAGACUCGAUGGAGCUCGGAAAUGGAGAACGGCGACCGUCUCUUCCCUCCGGAAGCCGUGAGCUGGGCUGGUGGCCAGUUGCCGUCUCUUUAUGCGAAGGCUGACGUGGGACCCUCAAGCCAUGAGAGUUUGUUUUCCCGCCGUGGCGGGGAGGAGGGCGGAUAUGACGGGAUCAACCGUUUUCUCAAUGGGCUCCGGGCCCAGCCAGGCACGCUGACUCACAGGGGCUUUGGCAGUCAGGAGCACGGGCCUCCUGGAGCGAAUGUCUUCAUCUUUCACAUUCCCAACGAGUGGUCCGAACACGACCUGCUCACACACUUCAGCGUGUAUGGUCCAGUUCUCUCUGCUCGCAUCGCUUCGGAUCGCCUCUCUGGACGCAAUCGCGGAUUCGGGUUUGUCAGCUUCGCCAACGGGCAGGCGGCCGCCGCAGCCGUCACCGCCAUGAAUGGAUUUCAGGUCAAUGGAAAACGGCUCAAGGUGCAGAUUAAGAAAGGCGAAGAACAGUAUGCUCAUAACCUUCAUUUGACGCCUUGCAGCAACGGAACUGACAGCACGUGGCACUCAGUGUCUGCGUCGUGCUCUGACAUGCCGAGUGGUGUGGGCGACUCCGACGGAAACAUGCCGGUCCCCGUUUCUGCAAGUCCACAGAGAGAUCACGGAGCGAACAAAACGCGUCACAGUUUCUCUGCGCUCGAUUGGCUGGCUUCCGCAGCGAAGCCAGGAGCAAUGGCCCCCGCUCUAGCAGCGCUGGAGGCGAGCCAUGGAGGCAGUGGGAACUCUGCCGCUUCUCUCUUUGAAGCUGCUGUGGCGUUGAGGAAUCUCUCAGCUGCGAGUCAGGGACAUCAACUUCUAGGAUGUUACUCACAAGACAACGCUGCUGCGGCAGCCAUGCUCGUUGCCUCCAUGCGCCAACCUGGCACGAGGCGAAACCAAGAGUCCUUCCGAUUGGCUCAGCUGAUGCAUGGAGAAGGUGGCGAUUCAGCGGGAGAAAGCCUGCUUGCUUCAUCUCUCGGUCUCUAUUGUACGCCCACAUUGGGCUCCGCCAUAGCACGUGGAGGUCAACCAGAGGCUGCACAACUCUAG